UUAUGUACGCGAGACAGCUCUCAAAGGUGACAACGUUGUAGCCUCUGACGAUUGCUUGAAUCCAAAUUUGGUCUCUUUUCCCCACCCCCGCCAAAAUGAAGGGAUUCACAACUGCCGCGCUCGUGGUAGCAGCCGCCACCACGGCGCUCGCGCAACAAUGCGCCGAUGUUAUCACCCCCAGCUACACUGCUCCUCAGGUAGCCGCUGGCUGGCAGGCACAGCUUGUCGCCAAUGGCUUCAAGAAGCCUCGCACAGUUCACGUUGACAGCGAGGGUGCCCUGCUCGUCCUGGAUGCUGCUGUUGGUGUUUAUCGCGUCACAUUCAAGGACAAUGGCGGCACAUGCCUGACGUUGACCGAGAGCAAGCUUCUGGUCAACAACACAAGACUCACACACGGCAUGGCCUUUUCAGAAGAUGGCAAGACCCUGUAUGCCUCCUCCGUCUCCCAAGUUCUCGCCUGGGCCUACGACGCAAAGGCCGGCACCGUCAACGCCGAACCCGCCGUCGUCAUUGACAAUAUGGCCAACAACGACCAGACCACUCGCACCUUAGUCAUGUCCAAGGCCUCAAGCAAUUGGCUAGUCGUGUCCCGCGGCGUCGACGAGAACUUUGACAUUGAUGCCCUCGAUGCCAACAGCGGCCACGCGCAGGUCAAGGCCUUUGACCUGAGCAAGUCCGGCAACAACCCCUUCGACUUCAACACGGAUGGCAAGCUUCUUGGCUGGGGUAUUCGCAAUGCUGUCGCUGUCGCAGAAGACCCCGCUACAGGUAACGUUUGGGCGAUGGAUAACUCCAUUGAUGAUAUCACACGCAACGGUGUUGAUAUCCAUGCCAAUAACCCCGGCGAGGAGCUCAACCUGCUCGGUACCAUCGCGAACGAGACCGACGCCGGCAACUACGGUUACCCGCGCUGUUUUGCUGUCUGGGACACCAGCAUCCCGCUCAACAGCUCUCUCAACGUCGGCGACCAGUUCUCCAUGGAACAGAACUCGACAAUGAACGAUACUCGCUGCCACAACGACUACGUCGCUCCCCGCCUGACCUUCCAGUCUCACUCGUCCCCCGUCUUCCUCAAGUUCAACAACGACGGCUCAAAGGCUUUCAUGUCUUUCCGCGGCAUCAACCGCCCUAACCCCGUCGGGUACGCCCUCACCGCAGUCGACUUUUCCAACGGCGAGCCCGUCGCCAAGAGCGACUCGACCGACGCGCUCAAGAACAUCAUGUACAACAAGGACCUCAGCACCUGCCCCGAUCAGUGCUUCCGCCCCGUCGGUCUCGCGUGGGACUCCAAGAACCGCUUGUUUAUGACCUCUGACUCUACGGGCGAGAUCUACAUCCUGCAGCAGACCGACGCUACACCGACAUCGACGACUCCCGGCACCAUUGUCACCGGCACCGCGAGCGCGACUGCCAAGCCUGAUGCUGCCAGUGGUUUUGCGCCGUCCCUUGGUCUUGGAUUCGCUGCGCUGGUGGCGGCGACGUUCUUCGCUUUCUAGAUUGAUGCAGAGAUGAAAAUGGGGAAUGGGAAGUGAAGCUCUUGGAGAAUACG